AACCAAACGUAUCAAUAACACAACAUUGCUGAAGAAGUUGAAAGGUCGCAUCGUUCCUUCAUUCGUUUCGUUGAGUUGAAAACUCUUUUUCCACAUUCUUUUAUUUCUUGUCUCACCCGCACCAUGCAAGUGUGCCAACUACUGUGAUUGGUAUGGCGACACGUGUCCCUUUUGUUUUGUGCGCAGCCACCACUUCUCCCAACCACUGCCUUAAAUACUGCGUGGUGGCACCGUCACUUCCUCUACCGGUUUCUUCCUCCUCAUUAAGCCGCCACUCUCUCUCUCUUUCCUUUUCGUCUUCUUUUUCUUCUUCGUUGGGUUUGUUGCCACUUAGUAAGAAAGAGGGUGUGAAGAGAGUGGGGAGAAGAUUUGGUGUUGUGGCCAUGGCGGAGUCUAAGAGUACUGUGCUUGUUACGGGAGCGGGUGGUCGCACAGGACAAAUAGUUUACAAAAAAUUAAGAGAGAGGCCAAACCAAUAUGUGGCUAGAGGUCUGGUUAGAACAGAUGAAAGCAAACAGAACAUUGGUGCUGCAGAUGACGUUAUUGUUGGGGAUAUAAGAGAUGCUGAAAGUAUUGUUCCUGCAAUUCAAGGUAUAGAUGCCCUCAUAAUCCUCACAAGUGCAGUUCCACAGAUAAAGCCUGGUUUUGAUCCAACCAAAGGACAAAGACCAGAGUUCUAUUUUGAGGAUGGGGCAUAUCCUGAACAGGUUGACUGGAUUGGGCAGAAAAAUCAAAUAGAUGUCGCCAAGGCUGCUGGAGUGAAGCACAUUGUGUUAGUAGGGUCUAUGGGUGGAACGGACCUUAACCAUCCUUUGAACAGCUUGGGUAAUGGGAAUAUAUUGGUUUGGAAAAGGAAGGCUGAGCAAUAUCUGGCUGAUUCCGGCAUCCCAUAUACAAUUAUAAGGGCUGGUGGCUUGCAAGACAAAGAUGGAGGUCUUCGGGAACUACUUGUAGGGAAGGAUGAUGAGCUUCUCCAGACUGAAACCAGAACCAUAAGUAGAUCUGAUGUUGCAGAAGUCUGCAUUCAGGCACUAAAUUUUGAGGAGGCUAAAUUCAAGGCAUUUGACUUGGCAUCAAAACCUGAGGGAGCAGGUUCAGCAACAAAGGAUUUCAAGGCUUUAUUUUCCCAGAUCACCACUCGCUUUUGAUUUUUGAAUGUUGUUGUCAUGGUCCCAAAAUCCUUGUGGAUUGAACCAUAUGGGUAUUAGUGCUAUCUGAAACAAAAUUUAAUUUUAGUAAAGGAUUGUUUUAAGGCAAAUUAUAGACUUCACUAGUACUGUACCUGCACGCCUUGAGAAAAACAAAUGUCUUCUAAUCAGCACAUCAUUUCAUGUUAUCAAGUGUAAUUGUUUGCAAUUCCAUCCUAAUACAUUCCUGAAUGUUUUCAA